AUGCUUCAACCGUCCAUAAAUCCACUUUCUACUAGAUCGAUUUUAUUGAUUUUAUCGAUUGUAUCUGUAGCCGUUACUGUAAAACCCGUUUGGCGCACUCCAGUAACUAACGUAGGGAAGAAUGCUACGUCUCGUACUCAUCGAGCUUCAAACUCUGUUCCGCAAGAUGGAUCCGAUCAAAAGCCGGUACCUUACUAUACAAGAACUGAAGACUUCAAAAUCCCGGACUAUCGCCCUCCCAAACCUUUUGUCCCAAACGCACCCAAUGCUUUCGUUUCUAAUUUUGUGCCUCAGACUCAGUUCACCCCAAAUCGCCUACCUUUCGUGCCCAAUCAAUUUUUCCAGAAUUUUCGCCCUCCAGGUCAAGUGAACGGAUUUCAACCUCAACCAUUCUAUCCCAAUCGAGUGCAAAACUUCAUUCCCAAUCCUUUGAAUGGUCCCACUCAGCAAUGGUUCCUUCCACCGAAUGCGAACCCCUAUGUCCAAGGAGCAAGUCCCAUCCCUCCUCAGGGAGCUUAUGGUCCUAUGACUAGCACAAUUUCUACUAAGGAACCAAUGAUACCUUCGGUAAAUCCGCAGAACUACAAGGGUACCAUUCCUACACAACCAGCGCCAAAUCCGGAGAUAUACACCACGAAAAGUGUUAUCAGCCCAGUGACAGAUCUUUUCGAGACUCACUCUACCCGUGGUUGGUAUAACCCGACCAGUGCAACCCCGGAAAAGCCUACCGCUGAAGGAGUACCCACAACUAAAGCAGAUGUGGCUGUUGAUAGAACUAUCCUAACUACUCAGUCAGUUUUCGCAAUGACGGAAAACCCAUUCAAGGAGACUUCGACUUCCACUCCUACGACAAAAGCAGGGCCAUCCUCAGAUGGCAAAUAUGUUGAAGGAGUGACGAAGGAUGUGGAGAAUACAGAAGGACUGACAGCUCCACCAGGCAAAACGUCUUCGUCAGAAGAAGGUUCUGAAGAAUAUACAGAAGAUGAGGGCGUUGAGGAAGGAACCACUUCUACACAGACUACAACGAGAAGUGAUUCGGAGCAGACAAAGACAAAAUACUUUCCGAGACCGGCUAGCACACAGGUAUAUCAACCACCCGGUCAUCUACCCGAAGACUUUACCCAACAUAUUGAUGUCAACUUCUUGAAACCCAAUCGAACAUGCACAGGACCCUUGUGCGGAAUUGAUGGAGACAAGGUAUCUUUGUAUACUCCUGGCAAAGGUGACGGUAGCAGAGGUCCUACACUCUUGAUAUCAAAUGCAGCGAAGGGUGAUGCUGCCAGACUUGGAUAUAAACCUCCAAAUCCGAAGCUAAUUUCUGAAAUCACCUUACCGCCUAGCUCAACAGAUUACUACAAUCGACAGUUUGUGCCAGACCUCAGCUACCGUACGAGAAUCCCUCCGGGACCACAUGUGUUCAUGCCUCCACAGAAUUUCCCCGCUCCACCUCCACCAACGCUAGUCCCACCAGCGAAAAUCACAGAAGAAACGACUAUCCCUCCAAGUUACUCUCCUACAGCAAAGACUAUUGCUCCUCCACCAAUGACUGCUUAUUAUGUCACAGAGACUGCUACGACAGCGCCUUACGUUAUAACCCGCCCGACCUCGACCUCGGUACCCAACACUUUGCCACCAUUCGAAACUACAGCAAGAUCUACAGAAAGCACGGACACGUAUACUGUACCCGAAGCUCCCGAGGAAGUUACCGAAACCCAACCGCCAGAGCAGGGAGGUCCUUCCACACCACCCGGUCCGCAACCUUGGUCUCCCACAUACAAAACUGUUCCGCCUGCAACUCCUUCAACUCCAAGAACAACUCGUCCUCCCAGACCCACCACGGGAGCUCCAUUUGAGGUUACGACAGCUACCCAGACUCCCGCUAGCACUCAGCCUACUUUACCGUAUUGGGCAACGGAUCUUACUACAAGUGCGAAGCAAAAAUGGCGUUUUUUCACGGAAAAGGACAGUAGUGAGGAAAGCGAGGAAGCUACCACUGAGUAUUCUGAAAUCGAGACAGAAACCGGACCACCACCAGCUGCACCUACGACAAGACCCACUCCACCUCCGCCUUAUCCGGCCAAAACAGAAACUAGGCCGCCAGCUGCACCUACGACAAGACCCACUCCAGCUCCAACUUAUCCAACCCCUCCAGCGGAAGGGGUUACAAGUACGCCAGCGCAGGUUACUACUCCCGGAAAGGUCUUGAACAGAGUCCGAGGCAAAGUUCAAGUCAUCUGCAAAGAAGAUGGAAUUGAAUUCGGCGUCACUACACUGUUUCCAUUCACCGGCGAGAUUUUUGCAAGCGACCGCAAAAGGAUUCCAAGCUGCUUCCACUCCAUCGUCAAUGCUGUAUCUCCACGAGUUUUCCUGCCAUUCACAGAAUGCGGUGUGAGGAAUGCCGGUGAACAGAAUGAUAAUCGAGCCCAGUAUCACAUGCAGGUAGUGGUAGUCAUCCAGCAGCAAGACGGCACUUCAACUUUGCAGUCCUUUAUGGCUCAGUGUGUACAUCAAAAAAUCAAAUAUAAUAAGCAAACCUUGCCAAGGAGAAUUGAGGAAGCAUUGGAAGAACUUCACUUGGUAGCAACAAAACUCGAGCAGAAGGCACCUUUGCCACAAGUUGAGAUGAAGAUUGUCGUCGAUGAACAUCAUAACAUCGGUCCAGAAGUAAGCGAAGUGGACAUCGGUAUGCCACUAGCCGUACAAUGGAAGUUGCUUCCUGAAUCAAAUGCAUAUGGCUUCCAUGUGAAAAACUGCAUUGUGAAGGAUGACAUAAGCGGUAUUGAGCAUAAAAUGAUCGAUGAACUUGGCUGUUCUACGGAUCUCAGCAUCUUCGCUCAUCCUCACUAUGACACCUAUCACGAUACGGCUUCAUCUCAUAUGUGGGCUUUUAAGGUUCCUGAUCAUAGUCGUCUUCGAAUCAGAUGUGAUGUCGCAAUCUGCUCUGAUAUUGCCUCUUCUACAACGAAUAUCAGCAGUUGCGCAGCUAUUCCAAGCCCCCCAUUUUGUCCGGAUCUAAUUACCUCUCCAACAAAUUCGAUCCUUUACGAUGCUGAGGGCGCCUUCUCAAAACGCCGAAGACAGACUGCUUCCGAAAUGACUCAGUCAGUGAGAGCCGCUUUGUGCACAGGAGACAAAUGUGAUCCGGAACAGCUAGCUCUCGACAAGAAAUGCUUCGACAUGUACUGGGUGGCUGCCUCGACCGGCUUCUCGUUCGCCUCUCUCAUCGCUGCCAUUUUCAUUCACCUCGCCGUCAAAAUCAAAAUAUCGCGUCAUCGAUAA